AUGACCAUUCAAAGUCUUCAGCGCCUCUUAGAGGCAGGUGCUGUCCGUAAUGGCAGCGGCAAGAUCAUCACAUACCGUCUUGGAAACACUACUGGCCCGGACAUUCACUCCUAUCACCAAUUGUUCGAGCUGGCCCAAAGAGCUGCCUGGGUCCUCCGCUACCAGAAGUCCUUUCAGCCGGGUUCUGUCGUCUUAUUGCACUUGAAUGUGCAUUGGGAUAGCAUUGUUUGGUUCUGGGGAAUCUUGUUCGCGGGAUGUGUCCCUGCCAUGUCCACUGCCUUCUCCAAUAUCCCUUCUCAGCGGAUAGCACAUUUGGAACACCUGUCGAGGACACUCAAGAGCCCACGGUGCUUGACAAGCGUCACACUCUUACCUGAGUUUGGUGGUCAAGAGGUGAUCGACCCCAUUCCCAUCGAAUCGCUCCAUUUGUCCUCGGCCUCGUUAGAAGAACUGGGCAAUAUUCAUUUGGACGCCAACAGCGAUAACGAUGCAAUACUAAUGCUCACAUCGGGGAGUACGGGGAACUCCAAGGUUGUCUGCUUGAGUCAUCGUCAGGUCUUCGCUGCAGUCUCAGGGAAAUUCGGUGUUGUCCCACUGCCGAGGGACAGUUCCUUUCUCAACUGGGUUGGCUUGGACCACGUUGCUGGACUCGUCGAGAUUCAUUUACAGGCUCUGUACGCGCAAAUGGAUCAGGUUCACGUUCCGGCCCCGAACAUACUUUCUGAUCCGACUGAAUUCAUCACUUUGAUUGCACGACAUCGUGUAUCCCGGUCGUUCGCCCCGAAUUCCUUCCUUUCCAAGCUUCGUAUAGCGCUCCAAAUCGGUGGCAAAACUGUCGCCCAUGAUGAAUGGGAUAUAAGCUCUCUGAGGUAUCUUGCAUCGGGCGGAGAGCCAAAUGUUACCACGACCUGUGAAGAGGUGUCGGACCUCUUGGCUCGAUACGGCGCCCCUGAAUCGGUCAUUGUGCCAGGAUUCGGCAUGACCGAAACUUGCGCAGGAGCGAUCUUCAAUACCACUUGCCCCAAGUACGACAGGCAGCAAUCACUGGCGUUUACCUCGGUGGGCUCCUGCAUGACGGGAAUUUCUAUGAGAAUCACCGAUGGUCCCGGGGGUAAGCCUUUGCCUCGAGGCGAGAAAGGCUAUCUUGAACUCGCUGGACCGGUUGUAUUUGAUCGUUACUUCAACAAUCCAACCGCCACUAAAGAGUCAUUCACUGAUGAUGGCUGGUUCAAAACUGGCGAUGUUGGGUACAUUGAUAGCAAUGGUUACCUGACGUUGGUAGGCCGUGCCAAAGAAACAAUUAUCAUCAACGGUGUUAAGCUCAACCCCCAUGAAGUCGAGUCCGCGCUAGAUGAGGCUAAUAUUCCUGGGUCGACACCCAGUUUCCACUGCUGCUUUUCUUUCUUCCCGCCUGGGGCUGAUACUGAAGAGAUCUGUCUCGUUUACCUCCCUUCAUACAGCGUGGAAGAUUCCAUCGCCCGAUCACGGACCGCAGACUCGAUUGCUAAGGUAGUCCUGAUGUCCACCGGAUCUCGACCUCGAGUGCUACCACUUGACCGGUCAAAGCUCCAGAAGUCCACCCUAGGCAAGCUCUCGCGCGGCAAGAUUAAAGCGGCCUUUGAGAGGGGAGACUAUAAACAAUACGAAGAUAUCAACAAUGAGAGUAUACGACUCCACCGAGCAAAGACUCGUGCAUCACCCAAAGACGACUUCGAGCAAAGUCUGCUACAGAUUUUCAUCCAAUCAUUCGGAAUCUCUGGGGAAGAGUUUGAUGUGCAAACCCCAAUCUUUGAUGUGGGUAUCACCUCCAUCGAUCUCAUCAAACUAAAGAAAAACAUCGAAGUCCAUCUGAAUCUUGAGUCUGAGAUUCCGAUGAUUACCUUGAUGACCAACACCACCGUUAGAGAACUGUCUCGAGCCCUACAGGGAAUUCGGAGUGGAGGAAGGUAUGAUCCGGUUGUGAUUCUCCAGACCCAUGGCAAGAAAACUCCCCUGUGGUUGAUCCACCCGGGAGUUGGUGAGGUACUUGUAUUCCUCAACUUGGCCAAAUUCAUUAUUGACCGACCGGUGUACGCACUACGCGCACGCGGCUUCAAUGAAGGCGAGCAGCCCUUCAGUACCAUCGAGGAAGUCGUUACCACGUACCACACCGCAAUCAAGCUACGGCAGCCGCAAGGGCCUUACGCAUUGGCUGGGUAUUCGUACGGGUCCAUGCUAGCUUUCGAGAUUGGAAAGACACUUGAAAAUCAAGGGGAUGAAGUCCGUUUCCUGGGCUCCUUCAACCUCCCCCCUCAUAUCAAGACGAGAAUGCGCCAGCUAGACUGGAUGGAGUGUCUCUUGCACUUAUCCUAUUUUCUGGACCUGAUGACCGAAGAACGUGCAAGGGAGCUGGCACGCGAACUAACGGAUGCAACAAGAGAGGCGGCCCUUGAUCGAGUCCUGGAGAGUGCUGAUAUGGCUCGAUUUACCGAGCUUGCCCUUACUGGUGCUGGGCUUGUUAAAUGGGCCAACUUGGCAUUUGCUCUGCAGAGCAUGGCUGUUGACUAUGAUCCCACAGGCUCGAUCGGAGGUAUGGAUAUCUUUUAUUGUGUUCCGCUUGCCGUAGUGGCUUCUUCCAAGAAACAAUGGCUUGAAGAGCACCUGAGCAAGUGGAAGGACUUCACUCGAUCAGAACCUCGGUUUCACGAUGUCGGGGGUGCACAUUACACCAUGCUUGGACCGGAACACGUCUUUCGGUUCCAGAAAACUUUGCGGAAUGCAUUGAAUGCUAGGGGUAUCUAA